AUGGGGAAGGAGAAGGUUCACAUCAACAUUGUGGUCAUUGGCCAUGUCGACUCCGGCAAGUCCACCACCACCGGCCACCUCAUCUACAAGCUUGGAGGCAUUGACAAGCGUGUCAUCGGGAGGUUUGAGAAGGAGACUGCUGAGAUGAACAAGAGGUCCUUCAAGUACGCCUGGGUGCUUGACAAGCUCAAGGCCGAGCGCGAGAGGGGCAUCACCAUUGACAUUGCCCUGUGA